ACUGUUCUUCCUCCCGCUUUCUGCACAUUCCGACGUCUUUACCGGCGAUCAUUUCCGAUGAUCAACGGCAACUGAAGCGAAACCUUAAUCUCGAGCAACAACUGAAGUUAAGUAGAUCGAGGAGAAUAAGAACAUCAGAACACUUCAGGUGUUGUUAAUACAUUAGUGUUUGUUUUACAUUGUAUUGGAGUUCAGUUUGUUUCUCAUGGCAAGAAAGAUGUUACUUGACGGUGAGCUAAGCAAACCUAAUGAAGAUGAGGUCCAUUAUGACUUUGAUUUGUUUGUGAUUGGUGCUGGAAGUGCUGGCGUACGUGCAUCAAGAAUGUCUGCAAGACAUGGUGCUAAGGUUGGCAUUUGUGAGCUUCCAUUCCAUCCAAUCAGCUCUGAAGUUAUUGGAGGAGUUGGUGGGACGUGUGUGAUUCGGGGUUGUGUUCCUAAAAAGAUUUUAGUUUAUGGAGCAUCAUAUGGUCCUGAUCUAGAGGAUGCCAGAAAUUAUGGAUGGGAGCUGAAUGAAAAAGUUGACUUCAACUGGAAAAAGCUCUUGCAAAAGAAGACUGAAGAAAUAAUCAGACUUAAUGGUGUUUACAAGAGGAUUCUUUCAAGUAAUGGAGUGAAAUUGUUUGAAGGGGAGGGAAAGCUUGUUGGUCCUAAUGAGGUUGAGGUGACACAACUUGAUGGAACCAAAUUGAGUUUUUCAGCAAAACAUGUACUUGUUGCAACAGGAAGUAGAGCUCAACGACCAGCUAUUCCGGGGCAGGAGUUGGCUAUUACCUCGGAUGAAGCUCUGAGCUUGGACGAGUUACCAAAGCGUGUGGUUAUACUUGGGGGAGGAUACAUUGCUGUUGAAUUUGCUUCUAUAUGGCGAGGCAUGGGUGCUACAGUUGACCUCUGUUUCAGAAAAGAACUUCCAUUAAGAGGUUUUGAUGAUGAAAUGAGAGCAGUUGUUGCAAGAAACCUGGAAGGAAGGGGAAUUAAUUUGCAUCCUAGGACAAGUUUGACAGAGUUAAUUAAAACAGAUGAUGGGAUAAAAGCUAUCACAGACCAUGGUGAAGAAUUGACAGCAGAUGUUGUACUAUUUGCCACUGGAAGAAAACCCAACACAGAAAGGCUGAACUUGAAAGUUGCAGGUGUUGAGCUUGACAAUACAGGAGCUAUAAAGGUAGAUGAAUACUCCCAAACAAACAUUCCAAGUAUAUGGGCUGUUGGCGAUGUUACAAACAGAAUGAACCUUACCCCUGUGGCCUUGAUGGAAGGAAUGUUUUUUGCAAACACUGUUUUUGGUGGGAAUCCUACCAAACCGGACUACACAAACAUACCCUUUGCUGUCUUCUGCAUACCACCUCUUUCUGUGGUGGGACUUAGCGAAGAACAAGCUCUAGAGCAAGCAAAAGGUGAUAUAAAGGUUUUUACAUCGACAUUUAAUCCUAUGAAGAACACUAUCUCAGGGCGACAAGAGAAGACAGUUAUGAAGCUGGUGGUUGAUGCUGAGACAGAUAAGGUUAUUGGAGCAUCAAUGUGCGGACCAGAUGCCCCUGAGAUCAUGCAGGGUAUUGCUGUUGCAUUGAAGUGUGGAGCAACAAAGAGACAAUUUGAUAGCACUGUGGGAAUUCACCCUUCUGCGGCCGAGGAAUUUGUAACUAUGCGUGAUGUGACAAGGACUAUAGUAAGUAAACAACCUAAGCUUUAAAGAAUAAAUCAUAAUAUAAUAUGAUUGCAUAUCAAGAAUGGAUGGUAUAUUUCCUGAAAACAAUUAUAGUAAUAUCUUGAAUUGGUUGUGACUUAUAUAUUUGGUAUUAAUUUGACAUUUCUUAAACAUGCCUAAUAGUUGGGUAAAGACUUUUUUUUAAUU